AUGCGGCUCCACUGUGUCAAGGCCAGGCCCCCUCUGACACCCCUGAACCGUUUCCCCUUCUCUUCCUUUGAAGAGCGAUGCAGGUGCAAAAAGACAAAGCCUACGCUGUCGACCUACCUGGCCAAGAACUACAGCUACAUCAUUCACGCUAAAGUAAAAAGUGUAGAAAGAGGGAACUGCAACGAGAUAACGACUGUAGUUGAAGUCAAAGACAUACUCAAGUCUUCGACGCCAAUUCCUCUGUCUCAAGUGCCUCUUCUUACAAACUCCUCCUGCCAGUGUCCACCUCUUCAACCGAAGCAGGAUGUUCUCAUCAUGUGCUAUGAAUGGCGCUCAAGGUUGAUGCUUCUUGAUGGAUGUCUAGUUGAAAAAUGGAAGGAUCAACUAAACAAAAGAUUUAAGAGGUGGGAACAGAGACUGCAAGAACAAAAGCUGCGAACGGCCCGCAGUAAGAACCAGAAUGCAGGACGCAGUGGUCGGAGUGGAGCCCCAAAACCAUCAACCAAGAACACCAACCCGCUGGUCAGUGGCCCCAAAAAGGCCAUUAAAAUAAGAAAUGGCCAGAAAGAAAUCAACCCUAAAAAAGUAUGAGCGUGAAAUUUGCAAAAGGAAAGACUUUUCCUGCACGAUGAAGGUCACAAUCUGGCUUGGUCGGCAUGUUCUAUUAAUCCAGAACUCACUGACUUAAAAAGUCAUGGCAGUUUCUACAUAGACAUUUUUGCUGCACUUUACUUUUAAAAGGUUUGCUUUUCCUUUCAAGCCACUGCAAGCCAUAGAGCCUAGGUUUGCACUAAUAUCUGGUAGGCAUAUUCAAGCUGACUGAACUUUAUUUUAGGGCUCUGAUUUGCAAUUCUAGAUAGAUCUAGCCUUGGCUGCUAGAGGUUUUAACUCCUUAUGCCAGUUGCCUGCCCUGCUUCCCUGCCAGAGGUUGGAGAGAUGCGUGGGGCAUGUCUUCUCUCCUCAGAAAGUGCACCAGUUUAGUAGUUGACAAGUUAGUCUGUGAGUUGGUCUGUGAGUUAGUCUGGUGAGCUGAGAACCAUGGCAGCUGAGGAGCAGCAGAGGGACAGUAACCUCUGGUGGACAUCUGGGGCAGCAACCACUGCAGCUGCUGGAGCUGAAUCUAUCUGCUAUUUGGAAUCACAGCCCUUGUUCAGAGCAUGCAGAAGCAUAGUUUACCAAUAAGCAUCUGGGUAUGCAUUAUGUGAUUAUUUUUAUGUGUGUGCCAGAAAUAUGCUUACAGUGUUAGCAUUUGAUCUUGUGGGUUUGUGUAGCAAAAAUGCAUUGAAAGCAGACAUGUAAUUUUUUUAUUGUACUUCAGGCUGGCUUCUGUUGUUAUAAUUUCAAAUAUAUUUAAGCAUCUAAUUGAAAAAUCAGUAUUUUUUAAAAGGACAGAUCUGUAGAAUUCUUGAAAGUAACACUUAUGUUUGCUGUAACAUAGCUUUGUUAUGAAAACUGGAAUAGAAGCAUUAUUCAAACAUAACUGACAACUACUGUACAGUAUUAAAGAGAAGAUAGGGCUUCAUGUGGCUCAGUGUUCAUUUGGAUAAUUUUUUAUCAUUUGACACCAUAUUUCUAAAUCUUUCUCUGAUACCGA